AUGCGGAAAUGGCGCGUUAACGCUUCCUUCCUCCGGGAUCACAGGGCCAGGGAGGCUCGCUGCCAUUGGCCGGGUAAGGAGUGCGUCCAGCCGGCUGUGGCUGUAUGGCACACGCUCUUUCGGUUUUUUUCGCCUGCUGCGAGCAAGAGAGGAGAGAGAGAGCGAGAGAGGAAAAAACUGCUCUCAGCAAAGCAACAAGAAGGCAGAGCAAUGGCGACACUGGAUCGCCAAAUACCAAGUCCGGAUUCCUUCCUUUGCAAGCCUUGGUCUUCCUUCGUUAGCGCGGCUAAAUUACGUUUUGUUGACAACGCUGUUUCGUCUUUGGAGAACGGCGACAAAGCGCUCUGCUGCCCCGCUGAAGCCGUGCAGCUCGGUAAAGAAGAGAUGCCCGUCCGCAGCACCUUCCCGGCACUGGAGGAUUUUUGUCUCGUCGUCUGCCAUGUCUGCAGUAAGGUGGUCACUCCUCAGGGCAUCCUCAAACAUUACGAGAAGCGACACAGCUCCCCAAUCCCUUCCAGGGGCCCCUUGGUUCCCAUGAAGCCCAAAGCACCUGCAGUGGCCCCCGCUGUGGCGCCCAGCCCCGGGGACAGUCUGGCAUUCAGGGUCCCCAAAGAUUACCCUCACUCGCGCUUCAGCAAGGCACCGCUCGCUGUCUACCCACCAAAAGGGGCACGAAGCAAGACAUGUGUAUCACUACCAGUCGUGAGUCUGGAGAAGAUGCCUUGUCUAAACCGAGCAGACUCAGCAUCACAUGUGCGCCUCUCCUCCUCCUCCUCCUCCUCAUCCACCCCAUCUCCACUCAAGUCCUCAUCCUUCACCUCUCCAGCCUCUCAGCGCUCGGGUGAAAAGCUUACAAACGGCCGCGGCAGCAGUGGGCCGCCCACGCCGCAUUCCAUCACGCCUCCGUCCUCUCUGGACAGACGGCCCAGUCCAGCUCGCUCCCCGUUGGACAGACGGGCGUCGUCGACACCGUCGCCCUCCCCGCUGGACAGGAAGUCCUCCGCGUCGCCUUCGCCCUCUCACCGAACCGUAGCUCUGCCGGCGUUGCUGACACUCUCACCGCUAGAGAAGAAGCAGCAACAGAAUGGAACCAAGACUCCCACCAAGUCACACAGGAGACUUUCAGGGAGAGUGUUUGACCCCGACAAGCAUUGUGGAGUUCCAGACCCUGAGACGAAACGGUCCUGCACCAGGUCUCUCACCUGCAAGACUCAUUCUUUAACCCAACGCCGAGCCGUCCCCGGCCGAUCUAAAGACUUCAACGUCCUCCUGGCUGAACACAAGGGCCUGGCCAAGGAGAGAGAGGCCUUGAGAGAGAGGGAGAAGGAGAAAGAGAAGGAGAAGGAUGGAGCUCAGAGGGGAAAGGAAACUUGCAACCAGAGCAUCGCAACUCAAGAUGCGGCGUGUCCAAGCAAGUCCCACUGCCCCAGUGAGCGUCCACUCUCCUCACUGAAGCUGCGGCUCGCUAAUUCACACAUACCGAGGGCUCCAGGUGGUUCAUCUUUCGCUUCCACUUCCAGUCCUCUGCCCCCACCAGUGCCUCCUGCCCCGGCUCCCCACCCMGAGACGUCUCCUCACAGCUGGGUAACAGCGGCAGCAGACAGCAGUCGGCUCUCCAGUGACGAGGGGGAUGCAGAGGCUCCAGACGACGCCGAGCGGCCCGCCUUUCACUUCUCCAGUCAUCAUCCGCGGCCUUUAGGGGUUUGCGUAUUCAGCAGCAGGCUGAUGGGGCGGGGUUACUACGUGUUUGACAGGCGAUGGGACAGGAUGAGGCUGGCGCUGCAGAGCAUGGUGGAGAAACACCUCAACGCUCAGAUGUGGAGGAAGGUGCCUCUGGCUGCUGAGAGCCUCCCCUCUCCUUCCUCCUCCUCAUCCUCCUCACAUCAGGCUCCGUCUCCCACAGCUCUAACCUCCCCUGUUCUCAGCUCCCCAUCCAGCACCCUCACCUACACCGCCACUUUCCCUCAGUCGGCAUCUGCGGCCGGGGUCUUCAACGUCAGAGACUCCCCGCAGCCCCGCCCCCAGCCGUUAGCGUCGGGAAAAGCCCGCAACGGCGUGCACAGAGCCAGCCGCCCGUCUAAAGACACGGAGGACCCCACCGUGGGGGCCAAGAAGAGAAAGAACUCUUCCCACUCGUCCUCCUCCUUCUCGUCUUCUUCCUCGCGUCCGCACGUGGAUAACCACAAGAGGAACGGCAGCAGCUUUCACGUGACGUUACAAGGCUUGGGGGUGACCGCCUCCCCCUCGGCCAGGAAAAAAGGGCCAGGUCACGGGGACAGCGGAUUUCUGGGCAGCUCAGACGACUGGCUGUCCAGAGCGGACGGGUCUCAGAGCCACAACUCACAGAACUGUCGUGAACUUGGCACCGGCAGCUACACCCCCAGAGACCCUGCCUCUGCCUCACACCAGCCUAUGGCUCCCCCCACAGUACCCUUAGCCUAUGGGGGAGGAGCAGAGGGGAGGAAGAGGAGGAGUCCCAGCUCCUACAAAGGGAAGGCCAGCAAGCUGAGCCGGCCGUCUGGGUUAGAAAGCCUCUUCGGGAAGGGGAGCGACAGUGGGGGGAUACUGGCUUCAGGGCCCGAGUCCCCGAGACAGGCCAAGUUCCAUCACUGACAGGAACCUGUUUCACGGACAGAAUGCUGGGCAGCUGCGCAGACCUCCACCGUUUGUGACCUUUGACCUCACCACUCUUCCAGCGGCAGCGCCAAUCGGGCCGCUGCAUCCCGCCGACGUCACGGCCGCUUAUCCAACGACACUUCAGUCCACUCAGUGGGACGUCGUUGGAGGAGGGAGGGAGGGAGGGAGGGAGGGGCUCUGAAGUCUUUGCCUGCAUCGGUUCCUUCCACUGCCUCUCCUUCAGCUUGGAUCGCUCUGUUGGAAAGCUGCUUUACUUCUGUUGUUCUGGUUUUUCUAGAACAAGAUUAGAAAAAAACAAAAACUAUUCUCUCUAAAGGGAAUUUGCCUCAAGUGUGUCAGGCAUCAUUGAGAACAUCACCYCUGAAAUAUUUCCUUGGAUGAAAGACGAUUGAAGGUUAAAGGACCUUCUGAGACGACUACUUUGGGACUUAAGCUAUGCCACCAACCUUUUUCUCCUGAUCAAAAAUGGGGGAGUGAUAACAAGUUCGGCUGGGUUUUAUCCAGUCUCCUCCCGUCUUUUAGCCUCUUUUUUUAUUAUUGUUUCUUUUUGUACAAAACAGCUUAGUUUAUUUCUCUAUUUACCAUCUCCUUCACACCCCCUUCCUUUCCCAGCAUGCCUGUGUUCAAAGUGCACUUACUGUCCUCAGUUCCUAUCGCUUCCUUCUCUGCUGGCUCCACAGCCGUCUACAUCAGCGUCACGCAAAAAACAAAGCCUGCUCGGGACGAAAACAGUCGUGUUACCAAUGAUGCCACCUUGUAUUUCAAUAUAGGAUGAAGUCUGACUUUACUUCGAUACAUUUUUUUGUUUGUUUGUUUGAAACACAAAGUCCAGGACUUGCAUCCAAAUUGAAUUUAUUACUGUUUUUUUUUUUUGUAUAAUAAUUUAUCAUUCGUAAAUAAUGUUUAUCUAAGUGACCAUUAGGGUUUGAGAUAGUUUUUUCAGCAAAAACAACAAAAAAAUAAUUUUUAUGGCUUUUUGAAGAAAUGUUGAAAGUAUUAUUAUAGUUCAUAUUUGUACAGAUCUGCUAUUAUUUUUGUAUUUAUUGAUAAUUGUUCCCCCUUUUACUAAAUARGAGGUCAAAAAGGAGCUUUUUCUUGUUCCUAACUGGAGGAUGUUUAACAAUGAUCACUUUCACCUGGUUUCUUAAGAAAUACGUUUAGUAGCAAAUGAAUGAGAAUUAGCUGUAGCCAAGUAUGAGCUUUUGCUCCAUCAAUGGUAAUUGAGUUUUUAUUUUAAAGACUUCGCUUCCCCUUUUAAGGCUUUUGACCUGCAAAUAAAUGUUUAAUUCAAAUCCAGACCCAAACACCCUGAAAGUAUGCAGUUCAGCUCCGGAUUUAUUACGCUCCAUGAUGCGUCACUGCUCCUGUUUUAGAAUGAACUACCAGCAGUUAAACACAGACUGCCUGAUGAAUUAAAGUAAUAUAUAUGGUUUAUUUUUUUAUAUUGCCCUUUUUUUUUUUAGCCAGGAAUGGAGAGUUUUGUCCAGAACAGCGAUGUGAGAAACACCAAAGCUCGUCAGGAAAAGAAAGACGUUCCGAAUUUCAAAAAGCUCGCUCUGACCGACCAACAUCGCUUGUUUCUCCUGAAACCAAAGUGAUUUGAGUCCAGAUUUUUUUUUUAAGUUGUGCGCACUUUGGUCAGCUGCAGUCAAUAGUUUUUCUGUGCGGGUGUCUGCACAACAGGAACAGAGAGUGCAGUUUCUUUUCAUCCUAAGUUUAAUUGAGGGUUCAUGAACUCACCGUUUUGGAUGUAACCAUUCAGAUAUAAACAGGGCCUACAGAUGCAUCAUGUCAGUAGUUAUAACCACACGGCUGUUCUCAACAUGAUCGAUUUGCCCAGAGURCCAAUGUGGCAAUACAAAGAUUCAGCUAGCCCACGCUGAUUUCAAACUCCUCGUUACAUAUUAUCAAUAUCCCUUAUAAAAAGUGAGGGUUUGAAAUGUUUAUCUGGUCCCAUAUUCACCAAGGUUUCAUUUCGAUCUCCACAGAACCUCACUGCCUCCUUUGUCAGGAGCUUAUCACAUUUAAAACCUUCCCCCAGCCCRGUCCUCUGCAAAGAUAAUGGUCCAGUGUGUCUUUAAAACUCUGCUAAUGGGUACUCAAUAUCCAGUGAUGUGGAUCUCUUGUUUGCUAACUAACAAAAGAUGUUUUUUGUGAAAGUGGGCUCUUCAAAUUAUAAUUUUUUUUAAAGGGCCCAACGCUUCUGUUUGCUACUAGUUCCACAGUUUUAACCCCUCAAAGCGGCAGUUUUUAUUUUUAUGUCUUUUAACUUCCAAGGCUGAUCGGUCCCGUCUCAGUGAUUAUGUGGGUGGUCUGUCAAUUCAAAACUGGGUCAGAGUGCUUUCACUUACCGAAGUCCAGGUACCGUUUUGUUCUCCACAAGAUUCAAACUCUCAGCAUCUGCUAGUCAAGGUUAGAGAGGAUAUUCACGUGUGCUUUUUUUUUUUUUUCCUGUACCAGUUCACUUUUACAGAACUGUGACCAAAGUGAAACAAUUUCAGUUUUAAAAAAAUUGUUUUAAAAGUUAUUUAGCUGAAAGUGCAGCACUAGCUUUCUCAGUGUGUGCGAUCUGGCCCCGCCCACCCGUGUCCACUCACUGAUAACGCCACAAUAACUGAAAGCAUUUUGAUUUUGCCUCGCAGCUCCAACUCGGUACAACAGCUCCAGUGUCGACUAACUUCCAGCACUAACGACGGAUGAAUGAACUGUGCAGUCUCUUCUGUUACUUUCUUCAGAAAUGCUUCCUGUGACACGUUAUCGCUCAGAAGUGUUUAGUAUUAAAUGCUGGGUGCUUUUCUGUUUGAUUUGGGUACUUGCUGUGUACAGUUAACUGACAGGAUCAGUGUCUUUUUCAGUUUUUCACACAUUAAAGUUAAUAGAAGAGAUGAACACACUAAUAUUUGAAGUCUGGGACAUUCUUUAUAAUUACAACUUAAUUGACGAAGUUCUUUUUUUGGUGUUAAAAUCUCCUUCAAUGGUUCAAUUUUUUUUUCUUUUAUUUCACGUUUUCAUUUUGUCCUUUAUCUUUAAUAACUUUAAUUAUAACUAUAUUUGAGUAUGUUUCCUGUCAGCACAUUAUCACUUUUCUGAUCCAACUCUGGUAAAAUGUUGAAUAUGUGAAGAAAUGCUCUUUUAUUUUAUUUUAUGUUGGUUUAUUUAAACUUGGUGAAGUUGGAUAUUUUUGAAAUGUAUUUCCCUUCAAAACAGUAUCCAAACAUUAUUUAAAAAAUAAUAGUUUCACAGCUAAAUUUGAUUAAAAGUGGGGCCGUGUUUAGUUCUAAAUCAAAUGCAUCUUUUGAAGUUGAGUAAAGCCCUGCUGCUACUAAAUGUUUUUUAUAUUAUACUUGUUUAUAUUGCAAGUAUAUGUUGAAUUUUUUUUCUUUACAAGCAGCUUUUUUUUCUUUGUAAUAUGUUUUGUAUCAUUGGACAGAAAACAUCUUUAUGACUGUCAAGUGUCCCACAAGGAAGCUUCAGUUAUAUUUUGUAAACUACAAAGUUAAUGCUUACAUUUGACAAGAUGCAUCUAUAACGACCAUUUUUAGUGAAAAUAUAAAACUAAAACUAUUCCUGCUUUUAUUUUAUUUUUCCUUAUCAGAUAAAAUAUUUAAGUGUU